AUGAUCGUGGUGUGUAAAUUGACUCAGCAAACAAAAAAAAAACGUAAUAGUUCUCCUGUGCUCCUUGAUCAGGGAAGCUGGACACAGCCCAUUGAGAGAAUAGAUGGACAAACGAGAGAUGUCUCCUGUCGCAGGUCCGAUCUCUGGACUUGUAGCAGCUACGUUCACUCCACUCACUCCACAAGGCGACCUUAACCUGGCGCUGAUUGGACAGUACAUCGACUACCUGGUUGAGAAACAGGGCGUGCGGACUGUGUUUGUAAACGGGACCACAGGUGAAGGCUGCUCACUAAAUCUGGAAGAGAGGAAACAGGUGGCAGAGGAAUGGUGCCGUCAGGGCAAGGGGAAACUUGACCAGGUCAUUAUUCAUGUUGGCUGUUUGAGUCUAAAGGACUCUCAGGAGCUGGCGCGUCAUGCUGCUGUGGUCGGAGCUGACGCAAUUUCCCUCAUCUCCCCAUUCUUCUUUAAACCCACCAGUGCAGAGGCUCUGAGGGUGUUCCUGAGGGAGGUGGCUUCAACAGCACCAGAACUACCCCUCUACUACUACCACAUACCCACCAUGACGGGAGUGAACCUGGAGGCGCGAGAGGUUUUGGAAGGGAUCGAGAAGCAGGUUCCCUCCUUCAAAGGGCUCAAGUUCAGUGGGACAGAUCUGAUGGACCUGGGCCAGUGUGUCUGCUACUGCCGGUCUCGGGGCUGGGCGCUCAUGUAUGGAGUGGAUGAGCAGCUACUGGGCGCAGUGUCAAUGGGAGUCACGGGAGCUGUGGGAAGUACAUACAACUACCUGGGUAGUGUUGCGAACAGUAUGCUGGGUGCCUUUGACAGUGGAAAUAUCGCUCUUGCCAGAACCAUCCAGCAUAAGAUGCAGGAUGUCCUGGCAUUCGCCAAGAGUCUUGGUUUUGGUCUGGCAGUAAACAAGCAGGUGAUGAGUGAGGUUUCGGGUCUGCCCAUGGGACCCCCGCGGCUGCCUCUGCUGGCCUCUCCACCGGUCCAGGCACGCGCUAUUGCUCAGAAGCUCCAGCAGGUCCUCGGGGAGUAACACGCCGCCGCCGCCACCACCAUCGUCUAAACACAGAUAACCCAGCGCCAAGCCGGGGCGGGACCAAGGAUCUGCCGUAUCAACUUGUAGGUGCAGGACUUCCUGUUUGCUGAUUCAUUGUCGGGAGCCGCAGGAGCCGUGACUGGCUAGUGUGAGCUUUCUUAAUUACUAUGAUUUUAAGGUUUUAUAGGUUGCUAAAUGCGUAAUAAGCCAGCCUAUCACGGAACAUUUUGAUCAAUGUCACUAACAAGGUUAACUCUAAUCAGUAGUGUUAGGGAUGUGUCGGAAAGCUUCUCUUACUUAAAACUAACAUGGUGCCUGUGAUAAACUGUUGUAAACAAAGCUGUUGUAAACUGUUGUAAACUUUACACCACUUCAGUUUAUAUACUGUACCAGAUGGAUAUUCUGGACUUGAAUUAAGCCAAAACUAAAGUUUAAAGCCCACAAUCACAGUAAGAAUAUGUACUAAAGUCACAUUUAUUCAGAGGCUUUGAACAGUGUGCUGCUGCAGGAACUUCUGUUGUUGUUCUUCUUCCCAAAGCCGCUAGGGUUAGGACCAUCCGGAAUAUCGGAGACAGAGUCCAGUGUGAAUCCUCCCUCUACAGUCAUGGAAAGCUUUUUUUGACCAACGUUGAACGGGUCUCAUUCCAGUUUGCACACCUGUUUUUGAACGGUGUGGCAUAUUUCCACCAAAAUUAAACAGAUUCCAGAACCCAAAAACUUCCUUUCCAGCUGGAAGCAAAACAUAAUAGCUUUUAAGCGUGAACCGUGACGUCAUCUGACGUGUCCUUUAACGGCCUUUGGUGAUGAUGCGUCCUUGGUUCCAGUAAAAAGGUUCUGAGAAAUCGGAAUGGACCCAGUUUAACAACUGUAGUUGUUUAGGUCUAAAAGGGCUUAGGGUGAGCUUUGUGCAACAGCGUUUUUGGGAAUAAUAUUCAUAUGAUUGGAUCAUCAAUCCUUAUCUAAAUAAUACCAACAGACCAGAGAAAUUCAGCCAUGGUUUGUGAAAUCAACUUCUGGUCAUGAAAUUUGUGAUCACUGGCAAAUGUCAUUUUUUUUUAGCCAUUUAGUGGUUACGCCUGACUUCUAAUUGCGUGGACAUCCCCUGGAUCUCAAAGGCUGUGAUAUAAAUGUUUGUUUAUUGUUAUAUGACAUCAUUGAUCGACCAGCGAUUACACUAUCCAGCAGCAUAGUUUUUACACAAGACACAUAUGUGUAAGAAUAUCUUGUUUACAUAAACUGUAUUUCGUCAUCA